AUGGCGCCGUCUCUCCCCAUCAGCUUUACGGAGCUGGUACAGCUCACAUCUGUUGGAAUCGAUCCCUCAUCGAUCGCUUUCAACUCAUGCACACUCGAAUCAGAUUCCUUCGUAUGCGUCCAAGAGAAGAAGGGUGCCCAACCUGAGGUCGUCAUCGUUGACCUAAAGAACGGAAACAAUGUUAUGAGACGCCCCAUCAAGGCUGACAGUGCCAUCAUGCACUGGAACAAACAAAUCAUUGCCCUCAAGGCCCAGUCUAGGACUCUGCAGGUUUUCGAUCUUGGCGCAAAAACGAAGCUCAAAGCUACCACGAUGAACGAAGAUGUCGAGUUCUGGAAAUGGAUUGACGAAAAGACUCUCGGCCUCGUCACCGAUUCUAGCGUGUACCACUGGGACAUUAAUGAUCCCACGCAAGCUUCUCCGGUGAAGGUUUUUGCCCGCCACGCUUGCUUGACGGGCUGUCAAGUGAUUAACUAUCGCUCGAGCGCCGAUGGCAAGUGGUCGGUCACCGUCGGUAUCUCCCAAAAACAGGGCCGUGUUCGCGGUGACAUGCAACUUUAUUCCAGGGACCGGGGCAUUAGCCAGGCUAUCGAAGGCCAUGCCGCUGGCUUUGGUACACUUCGUCUGGAGGGCGCGUCUCAAGAUACCAAGGUCUUUGCCUUUGCCGUGCGCAACGAGUCCGGUAUCGCCAAGCUUCACAUCGUCGAGGUCGAUCACCCCGAGGCCAAUCCAGUUUACCAGAAGAAGGCUGUAGACAUCUAUUUCCCCGCCGAGGCCACAAACGAUUUCCCAGUAGCCCUCCAAAUCUCGCAAAAGUACGGCAUCAUCUACCUUGUCACCAAGUAUGGAUUCAUUCACCUUUACGACCUCGAGUCCGGAACUUGCAUUUUCAUGAACCGUAUCUCGAGCGAGACCAUCUUUACGACGUGCCCCGACAGCGCUAGCAGUGGCAUCGUGGGUAUCAACCGCAAGGGCCAGGUCCUGUUCGUGACGAUUGACGAGAACAAUAUGAUUCCCUACCUCCUCCAGAACCCGGCCAACGCUGAUAUGGCUGUCAAGCUGGCCUCGCGUGGCGGACUCCCCGGUGCCGACGAUCUUUAUGCCAGGCAAUUUGAGCAACUAUUCGCCGCCGGCCAAUACAUGGAGGCUGCCAAGAUCGCGGCCAACUCUCCUCGAGGCUUCCUCCGUUCGCCCCAGACUAUUGACAAGUUCAAGCGUAUCCCGGCUCAGCCCGGCCAAAUGACAUGGAUUCUACAGUACUUUGGGCUCAUUCUCGAUAAGGGUGCGCUUAAUAGGUUUGAGACCCUCGAGCUAGCUCAACCAGUCCUCGCACAGAAUCGCAAGAACCUACUGGAGAAGUGGCUCAAGGAGGACAAGCUGGAUUGCUCUGAACAGCUCGGCGAUAUGGUCCGAACCCACGACCUGAACAUGGCGCUCGCUAUUUACCUCAAGGCGAACGUCCCACACAAGGUCGUCGCGGGGUUCGCCGAGACAGGGCAGUUCGACAAGAUCCUCCCCUACUCUGCCCAAACAGGUUACAAGCCCGAUUUUGUGCAGCUUCUCCAGCACAUCGUUCGCGUCAACCCCGAGAAGGGCGCCGAGUUCGCUACUUCUCUUGCCAACAACGAGGGAGGCUCGCUUGUGGACAUCGAGCGCGUCGUGGAUAUUUUCCAGUCCCAAGGCAUGAUCCAGCAAGCCACUGCAUUCCUGCUUGAUGCGCUUAAGGAGAACAAGCCGGAGCAGGGCCACCUGCAGACUCGUCUGCUUGAGAUGAAUCUUUUGAACGCGCCCCAGGUAGCCGACGCCAUUCUGGGCAAUGACAUGUUUUCUCACUUUGACAAGGCUCGCAUCGCCACCCUGUGCGAACAGGCUGGUCUUGCCCAAAAGGCUCUCGAGCUCUACGAGGAUCCCGCCGCUAUCAAGCGCGUCAUUGUCGGCAUUGCCGGCCUUCCCAACUUCAACCUUGACUGGCUUACCGGUUUCUUCGGCCGUUUGUCUGUCGAGCAGUCCCUCGACUGCCUCGACGCCAUGAUCAAGCACAACAUUCGCCAGAAUCUCCAGGCCGUUGUCCAGAUUGCCACUAAGUAUUCUGAUCUCCUCGGCCCCGUCCGCCUCAUCGAUCUGUUCGAGAAGUACAAGACGGCCGAGGGUCUCUUCUACUACCUGGGCAGCAUCGUAAACCUCUCCGAGGAUCCCGACGUCCACUUCAAGUACAUCGAGGCAGCCACCAAGUUGGGCCAGUUCAACGAAGUCGAACGCAUCUGUAGGGACAGCAACUUUUACAACCCUGAAAAGGUGAAGAACUUCCUCAAGGAGGCCAAGCUUCCUGAGCAGCUUCCCCUCAUCAUAGUGUGUGAUCGCUUCAACUUCGUUCAUGAUCUCGUCCUCUUCUUGUACCAGAAUAAGCAGUUCCACGCCAUCGAGUCGUACGUCCAGCGUGUCAAUCCUGCUAGGACCCCCGCCGUCAUUGGUGGCCUGCUCGACGUGGACUGCGAGGAGGACAUUAUCAAGAAGCUCCUCGCAACCGUCGAUCCUUCUUUGGUCCCCAUCGAUGAGCUCGUCUCUGAGGUUGAGACCCGCAACCGCUUGAAGAUUCUCUUGCCGUUCCUCGAGGCCACCCUCGCCGCGGGAAACCAGCAGCAGGCCGUCUUCAAUGCUCUAGCCAAGAUUUACAUUGACUCCAACAAUAACCCCGAGAAGUUCCUCAAGGAGAACGACCAGUACGAUUCUCUCGUUGUCGGCAAGUACUGCGAGAAGCGCGAUCCUAAUCUCGCCUAUAUCGCCUACUCCAAGGGUCAAAACGACCUCGAGCUCGUCAAUGUUACCAACGAGAACUCCAUGUACCGUGCCCAAGCGCGAUACUUGCUCGAUCGUUCCGACCGCGAGCUUUGGAUGUUCGUCCUCAGCGAGAAUAACAUUCAUCGCCGCUCCGUCGUCGACCAGGUCAUCUCGACUGCCGUGCCUGAAUCCACCGAUCCCGCCAAGGUGUCGGAAGCGGUUGCCGCGUUCCUCGCCGCUGACUUGCCUCUCGAGCUUAUCGAGCUCUUGGAGAAGAUUGUCUUGGAACCUUCGCCCUUCAGCGACAACCAGAACCUGCAGAACCUUCUCAUGUUCACUGCUGCCAAGGCUGACAAGGGUCGUGUGAUGGACUACAUUCACCGUCUGGACGGCUUCAGCGCCCCGGAUAUCGCGUCGGCGUGUAUUGACGUCGGCCUUUACGAGGAGGCGUUUGAGAUUUUCAAGAAGACGGGCGAUAACUCGGGCGCCGUCAAGGUCCUUGUCGAUAAUGUCGUUAGUAUCGACCGCGCCCAGGCUUUCGCCGAGGAAGUUGACUUGGCCGAGGUCUGGAGCACCGUCGCCAAGGCCCAACUUGACGGCCUCCGCGUGAGCGACGCCAUCGAGUCGUACAUCAAGGCCGAGGACCCCAAGAACUACGAGGAGGUCAUCGAGAUUGCCGUGCGUGCCGGCAAGGAUGCGGACCUCAUCAAGUUCCUCCGAAUGGCCCGCAAGACGUUGCGCGAGCCCGCCAUCGACACGGCCCUUGCCUUCUGCUAUGCCAGACUCGACCAGCUCAUCGAGCUAGAGGACUUCCUCCGAGGCACUAACGUGGCCAACAUCGAGGAGUCGGGUGACAAGGCCUAUGCUGAGGGCUACUUCCAGGCGGCCAAGAUUUUCUUCAGCAGCAUCUCCAACUGGGCGAAGCUGGCCACCACCCUUGUUCACCUCGACGAUUACCAGGCGGCCGUCGAGUGCGCCAGGAAGGCGAACAACAUCAAGGUGUGGAAGGAGGUCCACGAGGCGUGCGUCGGCAAGAAGGAGUUCCGACUUGCGCAGAUCUGCGGUCUCAACCUCAUCGUUGACGCCGAGCAGCUUCAGGCCCUCGUCAAGCAGUACGAGUUCAACGGAUACUUCGAUGAGCUUAUCAACCUUCUCGAGCAGGGUCUCGGCCUUGAGCGUGCGCACAUGGGUAUGUUCACGGAACUCGGCAUCGCAUUGUCCAAGUACCACCCCGAGAAGCUUAUGGAGCACCUCAAGCUCUUCUGGAGCCGCGUCAACAUGCCCAAGUUGAUUCGCGCGUGCGAGGAAGCCAACCUCUGGCCCGAGUUGGUCUUUUGCUACUACCACUACGACGAGUUCGACAACGCCGCUCUCGCCGUCAUUGAGCACCCUGAGAACUCGUGGGAGCAUCAGCAGUUCAAGGAGAUUGUCGUCAAGGUUGCCAACCUUGAAAUCUACUACCGUGCCAUCCGAUUCUAUCUCGAACAACACCCCUCGCUCCUCACCGACCUCCUCCAGUCCCUCACGGCGCGUAUUGACGUCAACCGAGUCGUCAAGAUGUUCCAGAAGAACGACGACUUGCCUCUGAUCAAGCCUUUCCUGCUCAACGUGCAGUCUCAGAACAAGCGUACCGUCAACGACGCCAUCAACGACUUGCUCAUCGAGGAGGAGGACUACAAGACGCUUCGUGACUCUGUUGAGAACUACGACAACUACGAUGCCGUGGCCCUUGCCUCGCGACUCGAGAAGCACGAUCUCAUCUUCUUCCGCCAGAUUGCAGCUAACAUCUACCGCAAGAACAAGCGAUGGGAGAAAUCGAUCACGCUGUCCAAGCAGGACAAGCUUUUCAAGGAUGCCAUCGAGACGGCGGCCAUUUCCGGCAAGGCCGAAGUUGUCGAGGAGUUGAUCCGAUACUUCGUUGAUAUCGGUAGCCGAGAAUGCUAUGUCGGCAUGCUCUACGCCUGCUACGAUCUCUUGCGACCUGACCUCAUCCUCGAGCUUUCUUGGCGCAAUGGCCUCAACGAUUUCACCAUGCCGUACAUGAUCAACAUGCUUAGCCAGCAAACCAAGGAGCUCUCUCUUCUCAAGGCUGACAACGAAGCCCGAAAGGCCAAAGAGAAGGAGCAGGAGAAGGACGAGAGCAACGCCCCCAUCCUCGGCACCGGUCGACUCAUGAUCACGGCCGGCCCCACUGGAGCCAUGGGACAACCCUCGGCGUCCCCAGUACCUUUCCAGCAGACCAACGGGUUUGCGCCGCAACCAACUGGUUUUGGGUACUAG